CAAUGAACAGACGUAUAGUACUAUGAUUAAUGGGAUAUGCAAAGCUUUAGGUACUCUCCAUGCGCUGGAAUUGCUCUGCUUAUUGGAAAAAGAAAAGGGAAUCUGCAAACCCAAUAUCUAUUCUUACAAUGCAGUCAUUGAUGGUCUAUGCAACGAAGGAAAGGUAGACGAUGCUCUCCAACUCUUCUCCUCUUUGGGUGAUAAGGGGAUUUCACCCAAUGUUGUGACAUAUAAUUCAAUAAUUGAGGGGUUAUGCAAUAGGAGAAGAAUGGACGAGGCUCAAGACAUUUUGAAGAAGAUGAUUGCUGAUAAGGUCUGUCCGAAUGUGGUGACAUGUAAUAUCUUUGUGACUGCUUGGUGCAAAGAUGGAAAGGUGCAAGAGGCCGAGCAUAUGUUGGUAUCUAUGAAGGAGAUUGAUGUACAACCCAAUAUUGUCACUUAUAGUGCAUUGAUAAAUGGGUAUUGUAUGCAAGGAAAAAUGAACGAAGCGGUACGCAUUUUCCAAUUGGCGGUGAAUUCUGGAAUCAAGCCUGAUAUCGUAAGCUACAAUAGCUUGAUGAACGGGUAUUGCAAAAAGGGCCUAGUCGAUGAAGUUUCACGGCUUUUUACCAUAAUUCCUGCCAAAAGGUUAGAGCGCAAUGUUGUUUCUUAUAAUAUAAUGCUAGAGGCGCUAUUUCGUAAAGGCAGAUGCGAGGACGGUUUGAAUUUGUUCAAAGAGAUGCAAGCUCUAGGAUUGUCUCCUCAUGUGAAGACUUACAAUAUCUUGGUGCAUGGUCUGUGUAGUGCUCAUCGUAUCACUGAAGCAUUUUCUAUGUUGCACACCAUGGAAGAUAAAUGCGUCGUUCCAGACAUAGUAACAUAGACUGUUCUCAUUGAGGGAUUGUGCAUUAAUAAUAAAGUCAGAGAAGAUUUGUUCGACGAUCUUCCAUCCAAAGGUUUGCAGCCCAACGUCGUAACACAUACAAUCCUUAUCGGUGCACUUUGUAAAGAAGGACAUACAGAGGAGGCUAAGGAUUUGAUGAUGCAAAUGGUAAACAAUGGUUGCUUGCCUAAUAGUGUGACCUACAAUGUUUUUGUUCAAGGUCUUCUCAAAAGGAACAAGGCUAGUGAUGCAAUUCCACUGUUGGAAGAGAUGUAUGCAAGGGGUUUCACACUUGACGAAACUACUUUCUCGAUGUUGAUUGACCCUGUGGUAAGGGAAGGUAGAGAUAGUGUUCUAUUUGAUAAGAUUAAGAAACUCGUGCCAAAGGAUCUCUAUUCUAGAUAAGUGCUAUGUUGUGUUAGAAGUUGAUGAACGCAA